AUGAUGUUAUUCAAAAAAUUAUUAAAAUUACUAAUUUUAAUUAGUCUUUAUUUUAAAAUAAUAAAUUGUGAUAUACCCCUUAUUAAUUACAUAGAACCAUUAAGUCAAAAUGAUAAUAUAAUAUCAAUAUAUGGAAGGUUUUUUGGAAAAAAGCAAGAAGAUGUUAAAGUUGAAAUAGAUUUAGGUAAAGGAUUUGAAAGAUAUAACAUUAGUGAAUGGAGUGCAUCUAGUUUGGUUUUAAAUUUAAAUCCACCAUUGCCAAGGAAUGCACCAUUAAAACUAUCAGUUUCUCAGUAUACCAUAAAUCAUACAAUUUCAUUUAUGAAUCCAAAUUGUUUGGGGUUAACACAAUGUAACGGCCACGGUGUUUGUCCAGGAGGUUUAAAAUGUGUCUGUAACGAACCAUGGUCGGGUGACGAUUGUUCUAAAGUCGAGGGUGAAGACAUGUUAGAAUUAAAAAGUGGCAAGCAAACCGUUCCACUACCUAAUCAUCUAAACAACUUUCAAACUAGUAUUGGGUUGGUUCUAAAAGAGAUAACAAAGAAAGGAUAUACAGUUAACAGUUAUUUGCUCACACCAGCUCAAGAGUAUGGCAGUAUUAACAGAGCGGAUUUUCUUGUCAAUCGUUAUAAAACUAACACAUUUAUGAGCUCUGCCGAUCUACCAUUCAAUUGUGAUAUAACAUUAAACCAUUAUUUGGCAAAUCAAACAUCAAGCAUUGGCAAUAAUUAUAUUUAUCAAGUUAAGGAUGGAAUUGGGUUAGCAGUGAUCGUCAGAGGCUUUGUUAGCAAACCACCAACUAAUAAAUUAAUUUUAUAUUUAUAUCCGAUGAUCAAAAGCAAUAACACCAGUUCAAAUACAUCGUCACUAUCAUCAACACCUCCACAUGAUAUAUCAGUUUCUAAAAUUGAUAAUGAUGAUGAAAUCAUUGCUUCAGAUCCUAGUACCACUAUCACUAAAAACAACUACGACACCGUCAAUAUGAUUAUUGAUAAUCAAAAGCUACGUUCAAAUAUCUAUGAUUUUGGUUUAAUUUUAGGUAACUUUUCAACAUUCAAUACAUCAGUUGAAAAACUAUACAAUAUUUCAAAUAUAAAAGAGGAUGCUAAAGAAACCAAAUUAUAUUCAAUUUUAUCUAUUUCGGCAAUAUCUUCAAAAUAUUUAUAUUUUUUUUCGGAUUACUAUCCAACAACAAUCGAGGAUCCACCUGUAAAUUCAACAAAACCCAGCCCAACCCCUAAAGCCUCAAUACAACCACCAUCAAACCAACACAUUUUAGAUGAUGAUGAUCAAGUUUCUGAAAAAGAGUCUCCAUCUCCAUCACCAACACCAACAGCAUCACCACCAUCAAAAUCAUCCACCGACAAUAUUGAAAGUAAUAAUGCAACCAAUCAAACCAACAUUUUAAGCCUAUCACUAAUCUACUUUAUUACCAUUUGUUUAAUAUUUAUUAGUUAUUGA